UGGUGGUUAAUUCUUCACCACCAGUGGUGUUCGUUACUGUUAUAAUUUUGUGCGCUAUGUGUGCAGUGGAAUGCAAAAUAUCACAGAUAACCCAACAACAGACUAUCCAAUCCACAUUCUAUUCGACAUAUUUGGAUACAACUAUUUGCAGAACAGUACCUGGUUUAACCAAAUCCCAAAUAGAAUUGUGCUACCGACAACCUGAUUCCACUUUGGCCGCGAUCCAGGGAUUAAAUCAAGCAGUUAAGGAGUGCCAACAUCAGUUUCAAGGACACCGUUGGAAUUGUUCCUCACUCUCCACGAGGGGACAGAACCCUUACAUUAGUGCCAUUUUACAAAAAGGAUACAAGGAAACUGCAUUUGCACAUGCCAUAGCUUCAGCUGGGGUUGUUAUAUCGGUAGCAAGAGGUUGCAGUUCGGGACUCCUCCUGAACUGCGGUUGCGAUUCCAAGACGUACAAGAUGAGAAAGCCUCGCUCCAUGUCUCGCUCGGAGUUUCAAACCUCUUGGAAAUGGGGCGGAUGCUCUCACAAUCUUCAUUACGGUGUAAAGUUUUCGAAGAUAUUUCUGGAUUCUCGAGAGAAAGCUGAGGAUAUUCAUUCCAAAAUUAAUUUACACAACAAUCAAGUGGGUAGAAUGGCAGUUUCGAAUAACAUGCAAGUUAAAUGCAAGUGUCAUGGAAUGUCUGGAAGUUGUGAGCUUAAAACUUGCUGGAGAGCGACUCCGGACAUUCGUGUCAUAGGCAAGAUUUUAAAGGACCGAUAUCGAUCCGCGAUUCUUGUAGACCAAACUAAUUUAGGAAAGAAAAGUCUGAGAAAAUUUAACGUAAUUAACCAAAAGAAAAGAAGGCAACAAGAAAGACUGAAACAAUGGACUCCUCGUAAGAACAAACACAAGCGCGACUUGUCUUACGACUUACUCUAUUACCAAAAAUCUCCAAAUUUUUGUGAACGAGACCAAAACCUGGACGUUCAAGGGACAGCAGGUCGCUUCUGUAACCGCACCAGUUCAAGUUCUGAUAGUUGUUCAAAUUUAUGUUGUGGUAGAGGAUAUAACCUCAUCAAACAGAAGAGGAUAGAACGCUGCAAAUGCAAGUUUCACUGGUGCUGUCAUGUAGAGUGUCAAACGUGUACUACAGAGGAGUGGAUCAGCAUUUGUAAAUAAGAGAUUCAUGGUAUUUUGUGGAAUACCCAUUUAAAAUUCCCGCCCCAAAAUUUUGUUUUAUGCAAAUGGGAAGAUUUUUCUAUGUAAUUUAAAUUUGGGAAAAGUUUGGCAUGUUAACUCAAAAUAAAGGAGGUCCAAAGCAACUACUAAAGACGUUCUUGAGUACUUACUUCCUACUAUAUCCAUUCACAGUAAUUAUAAUUAUAAAUAUUGUUUCGAAAAUUUAUUUAUAAUAUUAAACAAGUGAUUCACUUAUUGACAAAUGAAUAACAUUGACAAUAUUGAAUGAUUGAAAAGAUUUUAUAUCGCUAAAUUCCAAACCUAUACGCUAAAAAGUUGUUCUACGAGUGUUUUGUAUUUCUCAUCCUUUCUCUCUCUUUCUUAACCUAAUACCUUUUUAUAAAUUCAUAUUUUUGAACUGUUUACUAUUUAUUCAAGCAAUUUUAUAUGUUAGUGCAUUAAGUAAAAUAGAAACUAUACUAGACUAUGUUUUCCUACAUUUUUUUAUUGUCAACGUUAUAA